AUGUUUUCCUCGCAGUUCGAUGACAACCCGUUUGCAGAGGAUGCCGGGGGGGAGUCCACGCUGUCAGACAUCGGCGACACAAACGACAAAAACACCAACAGGGACGAAAAGCGGCAACGCGACGACACGCACGCUGCGGAUGAGCCGCCGAAGAAGGUCGUUCGGCACGACGAUGCCAGUGAUGAGAACAUUCACACAAAAGUGGAUGAGAUGGAGGCCCCGGUAGAGGCAACAGAAACAACGACAGCGCCGCCGUACACUGGGUAUGCGAUGGAAGAUACAGAAGAAGGUGUCUGCGACAGUGAAGACAACUACAGCUCCCAAAUCUGCCGCGUGGCAGAGUUGGAGGCAACACAGCGACAGACCACCCGGUCGCACCGCUUCCGUCUGACGCUUGCGCGGCAGGAGAAUGAGGCACUUCGCACCUACAUAGGCCGUCUCCGCAUGUCCCUGAUGGAGAUGCGGCAGAGGCCGCAGAAAGGGGGCAGCCACGCUUCCGGCUUCGUGAAGGAAGCGCAACCACAGGCACAUGAGAACCCCUCCGCUCUUUCUACAAUGAUGGAUGCCUACGACAGCACCGCGCGGGGGAGGCGACUCGCCUCGCAUGUGCACUGGCUGCAGCACCUGGAAAGUGUCGAGACUAACCUGACUCAGGAGAGCUGCGCCACAACUGUGGACUCUGAGAGUUGGAUGCCCGCGCUGUCGCCAUCUUGGCAGGGCGUGGCUCCCUGUAAGCCCUCCAGCACAGCAGUGCAUCGGCUGGAAAACAUACAAAAAUCCCUGAAGAAGCUGUUGCCUGUGUUAGAUGCCCCUACAGCGCAGGUGGUGACAACAUUGGUGUGGGAAAUACAACGGCUCUCUGAAAAGAGCGACGCCUUGGGUGAGGUGGUCAACUCCUUAGAAUCGCAAGUCCAGGCGCUGCGUUCGAGAUGGAAGGACCACAUUUUGUGGGGAACGGAGCGUGGUCUUCUUGUUGCUGAGGAGCAGAUGAGUAGCCACUUGGCGGCCCUUUGCCCCACGUCGACAGAGCGACAGCUUUUUCAUCAGAAGCAGCAGCUGCAGAAGAGGCUGCACCGUGCUGAGGUAGCCAUCGGGGUCUUGCUUUCUGCUGCCACAGGCGUACGUUUGCAGUCAGUAUCACCUGCUACACUGCAAGCCGCUCUGCAACGCCAGGAGGAAUUGGAAAAGCUGCGGGAUCAGCUUAGUCGUGAGGUUCUAUACCUGCGAAAAAUGCUGUGGGACAAAUUCUCCUCGUCGCCACUGUCUGUGCUCCGUGCUGAGGUGGGCCAGCUCACAAAGGAGACAACGGAAGAAGGGCGGGUGAUUCUCCUGCAGCACUGCUGCGCCGCGCUUUCCCAGCAGCUAACCGGACUAACCCACCGAAUCAUCUCCAAGCUACUGAGAGGUUCAACAGCGUGCCCAUCAUCAGCUGAGCAGAGCGAGCAGCUGCUUGCGUGCGAGGAGGAAUUGACCACACUGCACGCUUCAAUCGUUGCAUUUCUUACGGAAAAUGCGCGGAUUCAGCAGGAGAUAAAAGAUUUGUCGCUUGUCAAAGUUCUGGCAGCUCAUGGUAGCGCAGCCCUCAUAUUUUUUGCCGAAAGACUACAGAUGCCAUUCCUGUACAAGCAGCCAGUGGGGGAGGAGAUGGGUAAUGGGAACAACGAAGGUGACAACAGUGUUGAGGGAAAUGAAGAAGAGUUGGAUGCCCAAAAGAUUCUCGCCGAUACUUUUAUGAAGAACACUGAAUGCCUCGUUGGGUUUCUCAACACGCAUAUGAAGGGCGUCAUGGGCCUUUUCACGGAAGAAAAGAAGCUCUGCGGAAAGAUUUCGUUUUUGCUGCGAAUGGCGGUUGCGGCGGAUCGGCUGCUCUUUAGGAAAGUUGGUGUGCUUCUCUCAACAGCUCCCACGGGGGACAUUGCAAAGGAGCUCGACGAGGUCCGUGUGUGCUUUGAGCAGCCACAGCACAUUCCACAAGAUCUUCCCCCGUUGGAUGCACUUCAAAAUGUUCUCCAGUCACACUCGAGUCGUCACGCAAAGGAGCUGUUAAAUCGUUGGAGUGCGGCGGACAAGGCAAGGGAGAAGUUGCAGGAGGACUUGGACUGGUGCAGUCAGCAGUACCCAAGACAUGCUGCAUCUGAGCUUCGAGAGGCCCAGAGAGAGCUACAGCAACUGAAGGCCUCGGUGGCGGCGGUCGAGACCCGAACUAAAGACACGGCACCACUCGAGGUUGAGCUGAAGAGUGGAAAGGAGAAACUCGCCCAGCUCCAGCAGGAGCAGCUAGCGUUGCAGAAAGAGCUGGCUGCCGCGGAAGAAGAGUGGCGACUUGUAGAGGAGAAUGAAAGAGCCAAGGCGUUGGCAAUUGGCUUUCCACAACCGAACCAUGAGCCCGAUGAAGAGGGCAACGUUGAGGUCGAUGAAGAGGGCAGCGCGGAGGCCGAUGAAGAGGGCAGCGCGGAGGCUGAUGAAGAGGGCAGCGCGGAGGCUGAUGAAGAGGGCAGCGUGGAGGCUGAUGAAGAGGGCAGCGCGGAGGCUGAUGAGGAGGUCAAAGACGAAGUCGCCUGA